UGCAUAAGGAGAUGAAUUAGCAUAUAUCCCCUAAGCUAAGCUCAACACUUUCCAUAGACUGAAAAAUGGGUCGCUCCAUUUUAUCUCUUCAUCAUCUUCUUUUCUCAUCACUUCUUAUUUUCAUCUUGAUGCUGAAUCAUGUUCACGCAAGCAAAAAGUGCUACAUUGUAUACUUGGGAGCACAUGUACAUGGUCCAACUCCUUCCUCUGUUGACCUUGAAACUGCUACAUAUUCUCAUUAUGAUUUACUGGGUUCAAUCUUGGGAAGCCACGAGGAGGCAGAAGAGGCAAUAAUUUAUUCAUAUAAUAAACAGAUUAAUGGCUUUGCAGCUAUACUUGAAGAGGAAGAAGCUGCACAACUUGCAAAAAAUCCAAAGGUGGUAUCUGUGUUCUUAAGCAAAUCUCAUAAACUGCACACAACACGUUCUUGGGAAUUCCUUGGACUAAGUACAAAUGAUGUCAACACAGCUUGGCAAAAGGGAAGGUUUGGUGAAAAUACCAUUAUAGCUAACAUUGAUACAGGUGUUUGGCCGGAAUCGGAGAGUUUUCACGACAGAGGAAUAGGUCCAAUUCCAUUAAGAUGGCGUGGGGGUAACAUUUGUCAACUUGACAAACUCAAUACUUCUAAGAAAGUUCCAUGUAACAGAAAGCUAAUCGGAGCAAGAUUUUUCAACAAAGCUUACGAGGCCUUUCACGGUAAACUCCCUAGUUCACAACAAACAGCGCGAGACUUUGUAGGCCAUGGGACACACACACUAUCAACAGCAGGUGGAAACUUCGUACAAAACGCAACCAUAUUUGGUAUUGGCAACGGUACCAUAAAAGGUGGUUCACCAAGAUCAAGAGUUGCAACCUACAAAGCAUGUUGGUCUCUAACAGAUGUUGUAGACUGCUUCGGUGCCGAUGUAUUAGCUGCUAUUGAUCAAGCAAUUUACGACGGUGCUGAUUUGAUUUCUGUUUCGGCUGGAGGCAAACCUAAUACAAAUCCUGAAGUUAUUUUUACUGAUGAGAUUUCAAUAGGUGCAUUUCAUGCACUUGCUAGAAAUAUAUUAUUAGUUGCAUCGGCUGGAAAUGAAGGACCUACCCCUGGAAGUGUUACUAAUGUUGCUCCAUGGGUGUUCACUGUUGCUGCUAGUACAUUAGACAGAGACUUCAGCAGUGUCAUGACCAUUAAUAACAGAACACUCACGGGAGCCAGUCUUUUUGUAAACUUGCCACCUAACCAAGACUUUCUUAUAAUAAUUUCUACUGAUGCUAAAUUUGCCAAUGUGACAGAUGUAGAUGCUCAAUUUUGUAGACCAGGAACGCUUGAUCCUUCAAAAGUGAAUGGUAAAGUAGUGGCGUGUGAUCGAGAAGGGAAAAUAAAUUCAAUUGCUGAAGGUCAGGAAGCUUUAUCUGCAGGCGCAGUGGGAGUGAUUAUGAGAAAUCAACCAGAAGUUGAUGGAAAAACACUUCUUGCUGAGCCUCAUGUUGUGUCUACUAUCAACUAUCAUGAUCCACGUUCAAUCACAACGCCAAAGGGUUCAGAGAUAACUCCUGAAGAUAUAAAGACGAAUGCUACAAUAAGAAUGUCACCAGCAAAUGCUUUGAAUGGAAGAAAGCCAGCUCCAGUUAUGGCUUCAUUCUCAUCUAGAGGACCAAAUCAAGUUCAACCAUAUAUACUCAAGCCUGAUGUAACUGCGCCGGGUGUGAACAUACUUGCUGCCUAUUCAUUGCUUGCAAGUGUGUCUAAUUUAGUAACAGACAAUCGUCGAGGUUUUCCAUUCAAUAUACAACAAGGAACUUCUAUGUCUUGUCCUCAUGUUGCUGGCACUGCUGGACUUAUCAAAACACUUCAUCCUAAUUGGAGUCCAGCAGCUAUUAAAUCAGCUAUCAUGACCACUGCAACCACAAGAGAUAACACCAACGAGCCGAUAGAAGAUGCAUUCGAAAACACAACUGCAAAUGCAUUUGCUUAUGGUUCAGGACAUAUUCAACCCAACAGUGCAAUAGAUCCAGGACUUGUUUAUGAUCUAGGGAUUAAGGAUUACUUGAACUUCUUAUGUGCUGCUGGAUACAAUCAAAAACUCAUCUCAUCACUUAUUUUCAACAUGACAUUCACUUGUUAUGGAACUCAAAGCAUAAAUGACUUGAAUUACCCUUCAAUCACAUUACCAAAUCUUGGGUUAAAUGCUGUUACUGUCACUCGUACAGUUACCAAUGUUGGGCCACGAAGUACAUAUACUGCAAAAGCCCAAUUGCCUGGAUAUAAAAUUGUUGUUGUACCAAGUUCCUUGAAAUUCAAGAAAAUAGGUGAAAAGAAGACAUUUAAAGUUACUGUGCAAGCAACAAGUGUGACUCCACAGGGAAAAUACGAAUUUGGAGAACUGCAAUGGUCAAAUGGAAAACACAUUGUAAGGAGUCCCAUUACUCUUCGAAGGGAAAAUACGAAUUUGGAGAACUGUGAUGGACAAAUGGGAAACAUAUUGUGCGAAGUCCCGUUACUGUUAGACGCAGAUGAAAUGAUUUAAAGUGUUAUUAUUGGUUUAUACUAGUAUGCUUUUGUUAUUUCAUCGAUUUCGUUGUUGUUGUUUCGGUAUUGUAGUGUAAUAAGUUGUGAUAAUUAAAGUAUCUGUGUUGUAAUAAUUGAUAAAUGGGAGUCCUGUGACAACUACAUGUUGUGCACAACCAUAAAAUGUGCCACAUUUUGAUGGCUCCAUUUAAUACUCAAAUCCUAGUAAAAGAUGAUAUCAAAUUAUAUACACGAUCAAUGUAAAUGUGUUCUUGUAAUGUAUCACAUUUUGUCAGUACCGUGAAGGGUAAAGGAAAUGUAGUAAGAAUAAAUCAUGUCUA